AUGAAGCUGGAUAUGAAUCUUUUCAUGCUAUUUACGGUGCUACAGUUGGCCUUUGCAGAAGACCCGGUCGAACCUGCGGCAGUAACUACUACUACUGGACCUACAACUGCAACCACUCCGUUAACAACAACUACAACUCCAGCAGCAGGAGCCGCUGCAGCAACGACUACAACCUCCACUCCCACCACUACACCUGCUGCAGGAGCAGCUACUACAACGUCAACUCCCACUACUACCCCUGCUGCGGGAGCAGCCACUACAACAACCGGAACAACCACUGGAACAGGUACCACAGCCACGCCAACUGGUGUCACUACUGGUACCACUACUGGCACCACGAGGGCCACCACUACUGGUGCCACAACUACAAAUACGGCAGCUACGACCACAACCACUAAUCCGAAUGCAGGUAUGCCUCCUCCGGAAGUUGUGACUAACUCGGAUGGCUCGCUUUCAACCAUUCCAGCUACAACUGUUUGGGUUACACUUACCGUGAACGGACAACUUACCACAGCCAUGUCGUUAUACUCUCAGAGAUUUUCCAACCUCUACUCUGAACUUGCCGAACCAUCAUCCGGGAGUGUUGGAAUGGGAAGUUUUACCGGGGAAGUUGGAGAAGUAAGAGAUUACGAGACAAUUACUGUGAGUGAUAACGUAGCCGCUGGCGGAUUAGUUGAUGUUGCGGGAGCCCAGGGGGCCAUGGCAAGAUGCGGAAUGAUUGGAGCUUUGAUCUUGGCGUUGUUAUAA